CAUUUCAUUACUGUCCUGUGACACUGGAGAAGCCAGGGCUGUUGUGCAUUCAUUUGUUUGUGUCACAAAGAGGAUUUAUUUGCAGGAAGAACUUGACUUCUGAGAAAAUGAAUAGUCAAUACAUGCGUCAUGAAGUGCGAGGAUGUGAAACUAGCAACCUGAGAAACUUCUGGGAAAAGACGAUUGAACAACAAACUCGGUAUCUGCAAAUUGAAAAAGAACGUCAGCAAAGAAGUGCUCUGACAAAGCUCAGAAAUGAAUGGAUGGAGAGGCUUGAAAAACGAAUAAAGAUGUUGAGGACCCAACCUGAAGACGCAUCUAGUUGAAGAUCCCACACUCACUGCAUGUAUGGGAAGACAAUAAAAUUGUUUUGUGCGAGAGUAUGACAGUGGGAUGCAAAAACUCAAGUGAAUUUUACACUGUGGCUUAAAUGAGCUAAAAGUAAUUAGCUGUCAUUGUCAGAAGUUUCACAUGUGAACUGCUGCUUUUAAUGUUAUGUAUCCAUUCCCUCAUUUGAUAGACAGAGACUGAAACACUCUGAAGUGUUCAAAGCAAAUAGCUCACUGAGCUGUAGCAUGGGGAAAUAAUAAAUAAAUAAAUAAUAAUAAUAAUAAUAAAAGAAUUUUACUACACUGUGCUCUGCAAAAAUACUUCCAGGAUAUAAUUUUCUCUCUGAACUAAACUGAUGGCAAUUUAUGAAGUAGGCCUUUUUUUUUUUUUUCUCCCCCGAAUGUUUAAUGAAUAGUUGAGUGAUUAUGUUUUUGGUUUUGCUUUGUUUUGUUUUUAAAUACAGCAGAGCCCUACUCAGACUAAAAAAGCGAGGACAUGUAUGAACAUACUGUUACAUUCUAGAUCACAAGUACUGCUAAACCUGACAG